CAGUCAAACCAAACGCGCUGUGCCGGGAGAAGGAAACGGCUGUGAUUUUUGCAGUGAAAAAUGCGGUUGUUUCGGUCCUGAAGUGUUUCGUCCGUCAAAGUGUUGUGGAUCCCUAACCUUACAGUGCUAGAUCAGCAGAUAGGAGAGAGAAAGAGUGCUAAGUGUUUGUAACCCGGAUUUGUGCAGUGAUAUUGUUAUGGAGUGUUUUUUACUGAUAAGGCCGAGUGUUUUGUAAUUAGUGUUGUGCCAUUUUGGAUUACCUGUGAUACUUAUACAGCAUGCAGUUCGGACUGACGCGAUUCUACUCUUAGGAUUGACAUAAAGGUCGGAAGUCACAGUAACACUCGGGAUGUAGCACAGUAUGCGCAGUGGGACCGUAAGCGCCCCCGUGCAGUCUUGUGGUUUUGGAUUGUCCGCUCCCAACGCUCGCUACGCAGCUGUUCAGCUUUUAACCAAUCAAUUUUUGUACUUCAUUGUUGAGCCCAAGUCACGAACCCGUGAACUCUACGCGGAAACAUGUCGCCAUCUUGCAGCUUCAGGGAUGAUGGACACCGAGCUCUUCGGCUUGGCGACGGCGUCCGAUGGAGAGUAUUUGUUUGCUGACCCGGACUACAAGCUGUCUAAAUAUGCCCCUAAAAACUGGCGAUCUUCAUCCACCAAUGGACUGGAUUGCAAUGGAAAACCCCUUUUGGUUCUCCAUUUCAGGGUCAAAUUCUACCUUGAGAGUCCGCUCCUGCUCAGAGACGAGACAUCACGCCACCACUACUACCGACAGUUGCGCUACAAUGUGGUCGCACGCGGGUUGGUGCACGCAUGCGCCUCUGAGGAAGUUCUCUACCUGUUGGCCGGGCUUGCGCUGCAGGCAGACUUUGGCGACUACAGCGCAUUGCCACCCCAGUCACUACAGAACUACUUCAAACCCGCGGACUACUUUCCUCAGCAGAUGGUAUCGAGCGGGAGUGAGGCGAGAAUUGUACAGACAGCUGCCAGUCUCCACCGAGCGUACCGGGGCCUGUCGCAAGCCGAGGCCGAGAAUCAAUUUAUCCGAGAGGCAUCGUCGCGUGACACCUCCCCUCUCACUCACAACUCCCACCUGUAUCGUCUAAAGCAGCGCAAGCAGGACGCCGGGCCUGGUAACGUGCUGUUAGCGAUCUGCACCCGGGGAAUAGAGCUUUAUCAGGAGAAUUCUACCAAAGCAUUAAGCGGAACUUUUUUAUGGAACGACAUUGGCAAACUGUGUUUUGAUCGUAAAAAAUUUGAAAUUCGAGCCCUAAAUUGGCCAACGUCCGGCGAGAAGCUGACCUACUACACUAACAGCGAUGAGAAAGCCAAACAUCUUCUCGCUCUAUGUAGAGAGAGCCACCAAUUCAGCAUGGCACUUGCACCGAGACUCGGCGACAUCCGGCGCAAAGAGGAGGAGGAACGCAAGAGGUACCGAGACUGGGGUUUGGGGAACGGUGUCGUUUGUCACCGAGGAGAUCAGAGGAUCUCGGUGAUAUCCUCGACAUCGAGUAACACCACGAGCGGCAUCGUGUCUGACCGAGUACACAGCCUUGAUGAGAGCGAAGCAGAUGACCUGGAGAUGGAGAUUAUGAUCAAUACUCCACCGGCUCCCUCGAUAGAGUCUCUGGCCUUGGCACAUCUCCAGGAUAGCGUCACGCCUCCCUCUCCACGACCAUCCCUCAAGAACCAAGGAGCAGACUAUGUUGAUGGCAAUGGCGGGGCCAAACCUAGCGCAGGAGGGGCUGGUACCCCCGCCACUACAGACGGCAGCCAGUGUUCCUCCUCCUGCUCCACCGUCGUGGUUGCAGGCACCACCUCCGAACCUAUCACUAGAGAAGGGAAACGCUUGGUUACCAAUAGAAGACAAGCCAGUACCAGCUCGAGUCUAGAACUCGGAUACUCUCAUACAGCUCAGAACUCGGCUCUCAGUGACACCAGCGUGAGUCUGGAACUCGACUACAGCGUACAGUCCGCCCACACCAGCAGUGGAGUGUACACUCUACGCAGCAGCACCGCAGCCACGGGUCACACCAUGGCGUGCUCCAGUCAGACUUCUGGGAUUGUACUUGACCAGAGUGAAGGUCGUCACUCCCGCAGUGGAUCGCUCGUCAGUGCGACAGGAAGUUUCCACGGAGAUGGAAGUGACCCGUCGGAUGCUGGCCGAGGAACUCUCUUAUCAGCCGAGGAGUUGUCCGAUCUGAUUGUCGGUAGAAGUCCUAAGCCACGGAGAGGAAUAUACCCGUCUCGGGCUACAGUCAGUUCCACGUUAGAUUCUGAUUCCGACUACGUGACGUUACCCCCUCCUCCACUUCCACCCCCUAGAUCUGACUCAGAAAAACCGUCUUCCACUUACGCUAUUCUAGAACUCGCUUCAGCGUUGUCUUCACCAGAAGAAACUCUAACAAGUCCUCUGAGGUUGGACGAUUCUUUAUCGAAUUUGAGUUUGUCUUCCAGAAAGUCUAUGGAGGAGUCUAUUUUGCAACAGCAAAUUCAGUUCCAGCAUUUGAAUUCGAGAUUUUCUCCUCAAAAGCAAACAAUUCAGCAUUUUUCAUCGAGCUCUACACCUCUCAGCCAUACGGCGCCAAAAACUGUUGUUUCUACCUCAAGCACUGCGGUGCAAACAACAGAUUUGCCUGAGUAUUUAUCUCAACCACUCUCUAUUCAACCGUCCAAACAGUUCCAGAACUCCUUCAAUAUGCAAAGCCAAACUUCUCCAAAGUCCCCGAAUGGUUUCAGCCCCGUUCCGAAUCUUCCCUCUCCGACAGAAGAGGCCAAUGUGAGAUUCAUCAGCACAAAACCGCACAUAAACAUCUUAACUGCUCAUGCGAGCUUGGUCGCUUCAACGGCCGCUCCGAGUUUUGCCGCACCGACCCUAGCCUAUCAGACAUCUGUCCCCACCUAUACCUCCUCUCAAAGAAACUACCUCCCUGAAACUAGAAGUUACCCACUGGAUCCGGCAUCGAGGAUGAAGAUCAAACAUCCCCAAAACACUCAAAAUCUUAUCCCUAUCGUCGGGAGCAACAACUAUCUGGAUGUAAGAGGAAGUGGGGCAGCUUUCCUUCAACAUUUCCAUCAAAAAUUCCCCCCACCUCCACCAGUUCUGCACCCUCGGCAGCCCCCACCACCCCCUCCACCUCCACCACCCAGGACUGCGCUACAGACAGUCUACACCAGCCAGGUUACCCGUAGUCAGAUUGAGCAGUUCAAACAACAGUUGUACUCUGACGUCGACUAUGUUAUCUACCCCAUGCAAGAUCCAGCCAUCAGUAAACAAGAGUAUAUGGACUCCAAGAUGGCUUUGAACCACUACAACCAGGUUUAUCCACCUCCACCUUACCCCUCGUACUCCGGCAAGUCUCACAUGGUCUACAGAAGUACACCUAAUGUGGCUGUUGCCAGUGGCUACAUCCCAGUGUCAUUCAAAAACCCAACAAUACCUUCUCAAGUCAAAUACGCUUCAAACACAAAUCUGUCAUCAGAUUUUGCUGCCUACCCCGGUUCUUCAUUCUCUUUCCUGAGCCACUAUCCUUCAUCGACUUCACCCCUGUACUCUGCAGCUGCUUCUUACUCUUCAUCGUCCACACAAAGUUUACGCUACGACCCCUUUGCGCUACAAAUAGGAGUGCCUAAGUUGAUUUCUCCUAUCGUCAACACUGGAGGAUUCACCAGAACUCAGUCUGAUGACAACAUUUUGAAUUCGUCCUAUGAGAAACCAACGAUUGAGCGAAUUAGGAUGAGGCGACCACCCCCACCGAUACCUUCAGCUUUUGAUCUUCAGAAAGAAUCAGAUGUACAGAAGAAGCAGCCUCCCACACUGACUGUGCCCGCUACACACGCAGCACCCUCUGUCCCUCCAGUGCCUUUGGGGACAAAGACUUCUGGAGAAGAGAAGAAGAACACAUCAGAGAAGGCCACGGCAGACGGACUGCUGGACAUCCGCACACUUCGAGAGAAGAGCCGGAACAUGGACCUGCCUCUGAUAUCUGCCCUGUGUAACGACCGCUCCCUACUGAAACAAACAAACGCGUUUGUCAUGCCGCGACAUCCCGGUGAGAAGAAGAGUGAAGGACGACCAGUUAGCUGGCACGUAGAGUCUAAGAAAUCCCCAGAAGGUAAAUCAGCACCUGUAGCCCUGGACGAAGGGACGCCUAAAAAGUCUCUUUUGUCAUCGUUACUGUCGUCCAAAUCCGUUAGCGAAUCGACCUCGCCCAAACACUCUUAUUCGACAGCGCCCAAAGUGAAAUACCCUGUGUCUGGACUGUCGACAACGCAAAUUGUCAAACCCGUGAGGAAAGGUACCAGCAGACACACCCAUCCGGACAAUAAAGUCGCUAAAGUCGGACGUAGCAAAAGCACGAGCAGCGCGACCACGAGCAGUGCCAAUGUUAAAGAAACAAUUUUACCUCAAUGACAAACAUGAUGUGUAUAUUUAAAGUUUAGUUAGCUCUAAGUCCCGAGUAUCCAUAGAGAUUCAGCCAUGACAUGAUACUCAAUUUUACAUAAGGGAAAUGCAAUAUCUUGAGUUCUUUUCUGUGAUUUGUUGAUUUGUUUCUAUAAUUUUUAUCGUUGUUUUCAAAAUGAUCUGUGUUAUAUAAUCCUUUUAAAGACUUAGUGUAGUUUGAUUUAGUGAAGCGUUUGGAUCCAAGUACAACACUAUUGCUCAAUAUUAGUUCUUUGUAUAUUUAUUAUUUUACGAAAUAGUCAUUUUGAAAUCUCUUUUAUAUAAUUUGUUAGUCCUCAACUGGGAAUUGCUUACUUCUUGCUUACCCUAUUACAUAAUUACAAUUAGUUUGUUGAAAUGUUGUAAUUUACACCUAACAAAAUAUUGUUGUUAUCACCCUGAGGUACAGCCAGUAUCUUUUCACCAAAUAUAUGAAUUGUAUUGACCCUUUAAGGCUAAUUAUGUCUAUAGUUUAACCAUCAAUAAAAUAAGUACCGGUACACAAUACCUACCAUAUUUUUAUCAAUUAGGUAGUUCCAUUUACCAUAACAAAUUGUUCAAACUCUUGGUAUUUGCACACUUCCCUUAUUUAAAAAUUGAUUAUCAUAAUUUGGUCUCUAUGGUUGUACUUUCAUAAAUAAAUCUUUAUUGUAUAAUCUACUGUCAUUAUUAUGAAACAAUAAUUAUUGUUAUAAUGAAAUUUAUAAACAGUCAUGGCGACCUAUAUGUUUAAGAUAUAAAUUUUGACUUUUAGUCUUGAUUCUGGCUCUUAUGAACUUAAGAAAAUUAAAAAAAAAACAUUUAAUGUUAUUGUUAUGUUCAGUCUUGUUUUUUACAGUAUUACUAUAGCCUCCUCUAAUACAAGGCCUUGGCAAGACAAAAGUGGCCUCGGCCUACCUAAACAGAUGUUGCACUAAUUCAUAACGGAGCUUCUCCACAAUGUGUAUGUUUACACUUUUGUUAUUACUGUUAUCAACAUAGCAAAAAGCUGGUUGUUGCGACGUUGCCACACACUAACAUGGAGGCCUUGUAUCAUUGGAAGCUAUGUAUACAUAUCAAUGGUUGGAAUAAUAAAAAAAUUAAAUGAUGAAACAUUAUACCAUAGACUAAAAGAAUUAAAUAUAGACAAUCAGCUGUGCUGCGGUUACCAUAGGUUCUGGGGCACACUGCUGGGAGCCCCAUGAAGUUACGGCCUAUGUGCUAUGUAACUACAAGGCGCUCGCAGCAGUGUGCGCCAGAACCUAUGGUAACCAUGGUAACCGCAGCACAGCUGACAGUCUAUUUAAAUCUUUUUGUCUAUGAUUAUACACAAGUUAUUCAUAUACUUAAGUUUUUUUUUUCACAUUAAAAAAAUAUCCUUUCUUUCAUAGAUAAUUUGAAAUAGAUCCCAAUGAAUUCUCACCACACAAUAAUUCAUGCUGGUUGGGAUAUUUGUUUUUAUUUGUAAUUUUAAUUUUAAUGUUACACAUUAUUUAACAAUGUCAAAGGUAUUUGAUUUGUAAGUAAAGUUUCUUGUCUCAUGCAAAAAAUCCCUAUAUUAUUCAGUGAAAGACCUCUUAACACAAAAACGUUCCUAUGUAGUUACAAGAUGUAGUAAAAAUCAAUUAUAUUAUGUAUGAUUAUAGGACACCCAUUAAAAUUCUGUCAAAUAAUGUUUUUGUGUUUUGUUGUCUUUGAAUUAUAAUCAUUUUUAUUAAAUACAAGCUUUCCUAAAAAAACUAAACUGAUUUUAAUUUUUAAGUUAUAAAAAAAUUAAAAUUAUACCCAUUUGGACAAACUUUUAAUUUCAAUAAUUAAAUUACAACUUAAAGAAAUGAUUUUGCAUUUUUGGAUUUUACAAAAUUAAAACCAGAUUUUUACCAAAUUUAUUAAAAUCAUGGUUAAUUACCGUAAUUUAACUUGUUCUUUGUGAAAAUAUUGCAUUAGGUCGCCAUGACAAUACAAUAAAUCUUGUACAUUUAAAUUUAUAUGUAAAGGAUUAACGUCAAUGUGAAGUAUUAGUUAAGUAUUUACCCAAUAUAAAUAAAUCAGUUGAUGGUGCUACUUUAAGACAUUUUUUAUCUAACACAUUUGGUUACUGCAAACAGGUUUAAAUGAUGUAAACUGUUUUAUACUCUAAAAGUUUCAUCCAGAUUUUCAGUUUUUGAUUUUUGAUUUUAAAUCUUUUACAAUACUAGGUGCUCUAAAAUAAAAAAGCUAGUUCAGCAGUGCAACUAGGACUCCAAGACAAUGAUGUCAUAGGCUCGUAUUCUGUAUUUAAAAAUUUAAAACUUAUCAUUAGAAUCAUUCUUGUACUGUACCUAUGCUUUGGUACGUUUGUUAAUACGUAGGUAUGUACGUAUGUAAUAGUACGUACGUGGUUUUGAGGACGGAAAGAUGUGAGGCCAGCACUUUAAAAAACACUCAUAUUUUAAAUAUAUUUAACAGUUUUAAGGUAAAAGGAAGUUUAAUGUCUCAACUUAUUUUAAUUUGUCCUAAAAAUAAUUUAUAAUAACCUGAUUUAUAAGAAGACAGCCAAUAUAAGGUUAAAAAAUUGUCUAACCGUUUGUUGAAAAAUUUACUGUUACAAAAAGGAUAUGUAGCAUAACCCAUACGUACAAAUAAAUAAAGGCCAAUUUUACUUUCUUGAUUCAUAAGUUAAAAUCCAAGACAAAGUAGUCCAAAGAAAAUGUUCUUGUGUCACAAAUCUUGAUGAAGUAGCACUAUUUUUUACUUUGAAGAGCUAAAAAAAAACAUUUUACUUCAUCGCAACCUGUUUGAUAAACUUAAAAAAGACAAUUCAUAGUAUUAACUCAGGGUGCCAUUCAACAAUUAUUUGUUUUGUUAUGUUUUCAUAACUCUUAAAGUUUGAUUUUAAUGUGUUGGUAGAAACAAAAUAUUUAACAUUCCAUUUUUUUAUUUGUUCUGAUUAACAGUUUAUGUAUUUUAUAAACACUUAUUACAAUGCUCAAUUAUUGUUAAGCAGAAUUCCGUUGUCAUUUUAUAGGUUAAGCCUUGUUUCUUGUUGAUUUGUUUUGUCUUUGUUAAUCUGUUUACAUUUUUUCUCUUUAAAUCGACUGUAAAUAGUUGGAAAUCAUUUGUUACACGUGAUUCUCCCAAAAGUAUGGAACAUAACAAAAAUCUUUAUCAAGGGUUUUCCUAAAAAGUUCCAGUUCUUAAAAUUUGUAUUUGAUACAACAAAUAUCUAGAAUCUUUUAAAUUCAUCAGUUGGGUCAUUACAAAUUUCCAAAUGUUAAAACUCCUUAAAAAGCUCAGUAACAAAUUCUUGUUUAUAUAUUUUAAAACACACACAACUCAACAAAUGUACUACUGUACUCCUGCAACUGAAUGAUUAUUGUUUUGUUCUUAAAGACUGUAGUAGGAACUGUAGUCAUCUCCUAAUAGAAAUGAUUUUUCUAAAGCCAAUAUGAGUUAAUCCCAUAUUCAAAUAAUUCAAUCUCCUAAACAUAUAAAUUUUGUUACCGUUCGUAUAAAUAUAACAACAUAAGCCAGCUGAUGUUACCCAACUAGUUAAACAAACUUUCUACUUAGCGUACAAUUUUUUUUUUAUCAUUGUUAUGGUUUAAAAGUAUUAUUUAUUUCCAGAGCUAUGGUUUAAUUAUGUAUUUCUAAUCUCUAGCCGAACAAUACUAUUUACCCACUCACUGGAUUCCGUUAACUUUAACUUGGCAUUCUCUCCUGACUAAUUGUACACUUUCAAAACUGGAGAUUAUGUUGAUUUUAAGUUAAUCUAAAUACUAACUUAUUACUAAAACUACUGCGGGUUUGAAAAAGGCUUCAGGGAGGUCACAAGUUAGAAAAGAUUAUUUAAUGGUAACACAAUUUUGAAGAUAUCUGCAUAGUUUUAUACGAACAAUGUAAAUAGAUAACAAAUUCCAUGUCUACAUCAGUAAAUAAAAUACAGUUACAGUAA